CAGGUUGGGUUGGUGUUCGCGUCGUCAAUGGUCGAUUACAGAUUCCGCAGUGCGGUUACGGCUCAAUCUAUACACUCCCUCCCUCCCUCCCUCCCUCCUCCUCCUCCUCCUCCUCCUCCUCCUCCUCCUCCCUCUCUCUCUCUCUCUCUCUCUCUCUCUCUCUCUCUUAAUGGCUUGUGGAAUCUGCAACCCCUCCUUGAGGCCUUCCAUCCUUCCCCAUCGCCCGACAGCGCUGAAAGAGAACUGCCACGUGAUGUUCUUCUAUGUUCAUAGUUACUGCAGUGAUCAGCUGGUGUCGAAUGUACACCUGGAGUCUCAUGCAACUUCUAUGCAUAGGAUACCAAAAUCUGCUGAUGAGGGGGCGCGAGUACAAGCUUCACUUGUAAGUAGAAUAUCGGGUCAAGCAGCACCCAGGCCAGCCAUGAAACUAUCCAGACCUAACAACAUCAUCAGUUUUGACAUCACUAUGGGAUGCUGUCAGAAUCUAUUGAUGCCUGUCAGAUAUUUGUGUGUUUCGGUUGCUAGCUGCAAGACUGAAGAUUCCAAUGUGAUAAUAACUGGUUAUUGGAUGGGGCCUGAUAUUGAAGAUGGUUGGGGAUUUGUUGAGGCUGCUGUCGAUCGAAAUAUUUGAUUGUUGAUAGGGCACAUGUACUUGCCAAUUAUGUGAGUUUUCCAAUACCCAAUAUACCGCAUAUUGUGUUGGCUCAGGCCUUUUGUACCACUUUAUUUCCUUAAUGAAGUCAGGUGGUGCUCUGCUCCUCCUUUUUAGCAAAAAAAGUGGCUGCAUAUUAUGAUUUCAA